CUCUUUCCGCACCGUCGCCGGUACCUCCCAAACGCCGUCGUCUGACUCCUCCCUCCCUUUCGAUCGGAUCAUGCAGAAACCCUAGAAAAAUCCAAUUUCAUCUAAUUCCACGAUCACUCUGAACGAGUUAUGUUUUCCCUCUGAUCACAGGUGUCUCUCUGUCUCAUGCAUUUUAUGUACAAUCAUACAUAUAUACGUUAUAACCUACACGUCUCUUUUGCCCCCUUGAAUAUUAUUACUCUGGUCAUGAGCUGACUGUGUGUGAAGAUUUUGAAGUGCAUGGGAAGGUUUCUAUUGACUGGUGAUAUAGUAAUCUACUGCUGACGAUAUAUGAAAAUUUUUCACGUUAGACUGAAGAAUUUGCCAAGGUGCAUAUGAAUUAUGCUGUGGUUUUUAAGUUAAGAACUAAGUUCUCAAGAAUAUAUUCCUUGGUGGAGGUAUAUUGGUGGUGUUUUGGGAGUUCUGAAGUAAAAUUAGGGGUACAGAGUAACCCAAGCCUCCUAAAGUUGGCUAGAUGCUGGGGUAGCUUCCGAGUAUUUGUCUCUGUUGUUUUAAUGAAUUUUUAGGGAACAGUGCUUAUGCAUAUUUAUUUGCGCUCGAUCACAUAUAGUCUUGAUGUGUGUCAACAGUUGAAUUCAUGUGGAUUAGAGUUCUAUGAACCUGUCAAAAGACGUCCACGCAUACUCGUGCUAAUGUUCAGGUGAUUAGAGUUUGUGAUGGUGAUAUAGAGUGGUUGUGGUAUGGAUGUAGAAUUGAUUGAUCUGGAAGAGGGCAACAUGGGGCUAUGUGGGGGCAUCACAGAUGACGGAGAUGAUGAUUCUAAUGAUGGUGGAGAAAUGAAUGCUUAUGGCCACUCUUUGGCUCAGGAUGAGGAAAGGAUUGUUCAUGAACCGCAUGUCGGGAUGGAAUUUGAUUCUGAAGAUUCAGCAAAAAUGUUCUAUGAAGAUUAUGCUAGAGGUCUAGGGUUUGGCAUCCGUAUUGGGCACUUUAAUAGAUCAAAGCCAGCCGGCAAAGCAACCUCCCGGGAGUUUUUGUGUUCUGGAGAUGGGUUGAAAAAAAGACCUGGUGAAAGAUGCAGGGCCAUGCUUAAAAUUGAGUUAAGGGGUGAAAACAAGUGGAUAGUAACAAAACUUGGAAAGGAGCACACUCAUCCGGUCUUAAGUCAUGGUGAAGUGCAUUACCUCAACCCAAGGAGACAUUUUACUGCCAAAAUGAACAGUGUAGUGGAGUCUCACCAAGGUGUCAACAUAGUGCCUACUGGUGUGAUGUAUGCAUCUAUGGAUGGAAACCAUGUCCCUCCAGAAAUGAACCAUGUAGGGAAGAGUAUGUCUCUUCCAGAAUCAAAUCAUACAUUUAAGAACACUGGCUCGUUAAGCUAUAUGACGAGACAUCCUAGGCGAAGAACAUUAGCUAGGGAUGCCCAGGAUCUCCUCGAUUACUUUAAGAAAAUGCAGGCUGAGAACCCAGGAUUUUACUAUGCCAUACAACUUGAUGAAGAGAACCGCAUGGCUAAUGCAUUCUGGGCAGAUGCCAGAUCAAGGGCAGCUUACAGUCAUUUCGGUGAUGCCGUCAUUAUGGACACGAUUUACAGAAGAAAUGAGUACACAGUACCAUUUGCUCCAUUCACAGGGGUGAAUCAUCACGGUCAGAAAAUUAUGUUUGGUUGUGCUCUACUUCUAGAUGAAUCAGAAGCUACAUAUGUGUGGCUUUUUCAGACGUUUCUAACUGCCAUGAAUGACCGUCCCCCUGUAUCCCUGACCACGGAUAAGGACAGAGCCAUACAGGUUGCAGUUAGUAAGGUGUUUCCAGAAGCCCGGCAUUGUAUAAACAAGUGGCAUAUGUUAAGAGAAGGGCAAGAAAGAAUGGCCCAAGUCUGUCUUGCUCAUCCUAAUUUUCAGGUGGAUCUGUAUAAUUGCAUCAACAUGACUCAGACUGUUGAGGAAUUUGAAUCAUUUUGGGCGUCUCUCCUUGAAAAAUAUGAUCUGAAGAGAAAUGAUUGGCUUCAGUCAAUAUAUGAUGCUCGCAGGCAAUGGGUGCCUGCUUAUUUUCGGGAUUCUUUCUUUGCUAUUUUUCCCUGUCUGGGAUUUGAGAGCUCAUUUUUUGAUGGCUAUGUAAAUCAACAAACUACUUUGCCAUUGUUCUUUAGGGAAUAUGAAAGAGCUUUAGAGAACUCAUUUGAGAGGGAAAUAGAAGCUGAUUCUGAUACAAUAUGCACCACCCCUGUGCUGAGGACACCUUCCCCAAUGGAAAAACAGACAGCAAACUUGUAUACAAAGAGAAUGUUCUCAAAAUUCCAAGAGGAGUUAGUUGAGACAUUUGUAUACACUGCAAACAGAAUUGAUGGUGAUGUAGCUAGCAGCAUAUACAGGGUUGCAAAAUUUGAAGAUGACAAUAAAGCCUAUAUUGUAUCAGUCAACAAUGCAGAAAUGAAAGCAAAUUGUAGCUGUCAGAUGUUUGAGUAUUCUGGCAUCCUAUGUAGACAUGUAUUGACAGUUUUUACCGUAACAAAUGUACUUACAUUGCCAUGGCAUUACAUCUUAAAGAGGUGGACCAUAAAUGCUAAAAGUGUGAUUGCAUCUGAAGAACACAGUGAGCCACAGAGUCAUGAGUCACUGAUUACAAGAUAUAACAAUUUAUGCAAGGAAGCUAUGAAAUUGGCUGAGGAAGGGGCUAUAGCAUCAGAGACAUACAGUGUGGUACUUGCUAGUCUCAGAGAAGGAGGGAAGAAGGUUUCCGAUAUUAAGAGAAGUAUAGCAAAAGUCCCACCAUCAAGCUCACAAGUUAGUGGAGUUGGUUAUGAUGAUAUAAGAACAUCCACAGCAACUCCAGAAAUGACCCCAUUACUAUGGCCACGGCAAGAUGAAAUACUACGACGUUUUAAUCUUAAUGAUGCCAGUGUUACUAGUCAUCCCAUUUCUGAUUUAAAUGCCCCAACCAUGGCCCCAGUUUCUGUUAAUCAUGAUGAUGGUCACUCUGAUAGAACGGUGGUUCUUCCUUGUCUGAAGUCAAUGACUUGGGUAAUGGAGAAUAAAAACUCGACCACAGCAAGUAGGCUAGCUGUAAUUAACCUGAAGUUACAAGAUUACAGCAGAACUCAUGUGGGAGAGUCAGAGGUAAAGUUUUCGCUAUCGAGGCUCACAUUAGAGCCCAUGUUGAGGUCCAUGGCAUACAUCAGCGAACAGCUUUCUACCCCUGCCAAUAAAGUCGCAGUCAUCAAUUUGAAGCUUCAAGACUCAGAGACAACCUCAGGAGAAUCAGAAGUGAAAUUUCAGGUGUCCAGGGAUACUUUAGGUGCCAUGUUGAGAUCAAUGGCAUACAUUCGUGAGCAACUCUCUAAUGCAAUCAACACGAAACAAGAUAAUACAGCUAAAAGGCAGCGAAAGUAGAGCCCACCUUCUUCCGACUUUCAUACCAAGGUGAAGUGCAUAUUGGAGUUGACUUACUGACUGAACUUUCUCCAACGAGUUUGCAAUUCUCUUAAGUCCUCCGUGCAUCUCUAAACAGGCUGUAGUUGUUCCUUGGUCCUGCUACAGAAUCUAAUUGCAAGUUUGUAAAUGUACAUACCAGUAGGUCUUACUAGGCAUGAGUUCACUCUGGCAUUGCCGAUGAUCAAGAUUGCAUGGGUUUCCAGAUGGAAUGUUGUAUGUGUUUAGUCGGCUUUGUAGAAAUUAGUAGUAAAACAACAGUAUCUUGUUGAUGCUGCUAUACAGUGUGCGUGCGCGAUUAUUUUCAUGGAAAUGUGCAUAGUGUUUGGAUCCAA